AUGGGAAAAGAAAAUUGUGGCAUUUAUUUGGUACUCUAUAUUUCUCAUUUAAGUCUAAUACCAGAGCUGUCAGAAGAUCCUCACAUACGAACACACCUCACAGCUAUUAGAUUUGGCUUCACUGUGUUCUCAAAUCUCUUUGUUUAUGUUAUCACAUGGGUUAUAUUACAUUUUACUGGCGAAUGUGACAAAGAGCAAGUAGGGCCUCCAGAUGCUUGGAAGUUUCGUCAUAUUGUGUAUAUAGUUUUGGGUGUAGGCACUGUAGCAUCUGUUAUAUUCCAUGUAUUUGUCUCUGAAGAAAGAAGAUUUGGACAGCCACAUCCAAUAAUUGAUACCAAUGAUAAUAAUAGAGUGCAUUUUAGUAUAUUCCGUAAAUUUUUGCUGUAUCAGGUAGCAACUGUAUACAUGAGCACUAGAAUUGUAGUAAACAUAAGAACAGUAUGCUCUCUUACUGGUUACAUUUGGAUUUAUCUGGAUUCUGAUUAUAACUACAAAGUAUAUUACAUAUAUGUAGUUGCAGUCUUAUUAGGUUUUGGCGGAUCUCAAAUGCUCGUGACAAGUCUGGCUCUCACAGCUGACUUGGUAGGAGAUAGAACCGAAGCAUCCGCAUUCGUUUAUGGUUUAAUGAGUUUCACUGAUAAACUUUCUUGUGGAGCAGUCAUUGCCAUAAUACAGUGGUAUGCUGACGGUGCCAGCGCUGGUUACUAUCGCGACGUGCUGUCCUGGGUUUGCGGCGGAGCCUGCUUAUUGGGACUCCUCAGCACAUUAGUGUUGCCGAACUUGACGCCAGAUGUUCGAAUCACUAGUGAUAAUCCUUCAAUAAACGCCAUAGAAGAAGAGUCAACGCCUCCGCCGGAUAUAUUU